UUUCUCUACUUUGCCUUGUACUCUACUCCAGUCCAUGAGGCUGGAUAAUGGCGGCUGGAGGGCAGCUGAGCAAAGUGGAGGUGGACCCCGAUGGCACUUUCAAAUAUAUCCUGGUCAUUGUGAGGAGUAUUUUGGAAGCCGAGUUCCACAAUCCAAUAUCUGAAAAAGUAAACCCUGAAAUGGAAAAGCUAUUUUUGGUAUGCAAGUGUCUUGGAGGAGGAAAAAUUGAUUAUAGCAGAAAGAAAAUCCGUGUAUUUGUGCUUUCUACAGGAUAUGAUAAAGCUGAUCAUUCUGUGACUGUUGAAAUACUGAAGAGAACUUAUAAAGAUUAUAAAAUUAGCUGGUCAGAUGACAAGAAAUAAAUGGUAUAAUCUUAAUAUAAAUCUAUCUUUUCAAGGUAGUAGACCCUUAAUCCUAAACUCCCGCGAGGAAAUGCAAUCAGUGCAUUUAGCCUAUACUCAAUAAAAAAAAUCAACUAGGCAGCGGGACUUGUUCUCUUCUGGCGAGGCCAUGCCGAGUGGCGUCAAGCUGGCCAUGCCCACCUAGUUGUGGCAACCUGGCUCACUGGCCCUUUGAUCCGCACCCAUAAUGCUGAUCCAGCUCUCAAAUUGAGACCAGGGAUAUCACAACCACGACUGCUGCUAUCCACAUUGCUUUUGAAUUAAUGUUGUGUAAAAUAAUGAAAAUAUUUCACUGGAGGCAACGAAAGUCAGAGGGCUUCGGUUUAUGCCAGGGAAUGUGCUCCAUUGUAUUGCAACGUCAAUUGAAGCUUUAGA